AUGGUAGGAUAUCAACAAGCUAGAAAGUUUAAAAGGAUUCACAAACUAUUUCCAUAUACAAUAUGUACCAAUAAUUUAGUGGAAAUUAGUGGAAAAAAUAAUAUUAACAAUAUUAACAAUAUUAACAAUAUAAACAAAUUAAAUAUAAAUACAAUAAAUAAUUUCUUAGAUACUUUUGAAUUUGAAGGAAAAGGAAAUGAUGGUAUAGAAUAUAGACGGCUUGAUGAUCUAAGUAAAUAUAUAGAAGUUAUAAAAUUCAAUAAUAAAAUAAAUGAUGAUAAUAAAUAUUAUGAUAUAAAUUAUGAAGAUGAAAAUGAAUUUUUUGAUGAUAAUGGAAAUUUGAAAAUAAAAAAUAAUUAUGAAAAAGAAAGUAAAAAAAAUGUAAUAAAAGAAUAUAUACAUGUUCCUCCAUUUGUUUUAACAAAAUUAUGUGAAUAUGCAUUAAAAGAAAUUUUAUUUUUUUUAAAUAAAAAUCAUUUAAAACAAUUACAAAAUAUAUUAAUAGAUAAAAAUUCAAGUGAAAAUGAUAAAUUUGUUGCUAUGACGUUAAUUAAAAAUGCCAUAAUAAGUUCUAAUCAAAAUUUACCAGGUUGUCAAGAUACAGGAACUGCAAUUAUUUUAGGAAAAAAAGAUGAAGAAAUUUUGGUAACAUAUGAACAUAAAUAUAUUACUUUAGGUGUAUAUAAUGCUUAUAAAAAAAAUAAUUUUAGAUAUAGUCAAUUAUCUCCUAUUAAUAUGUUUGAUGAGAUCAAUACUAAAAACAAUUUACCAUGUCAAAUAGAAAUAUAUAGUAAUAUAAAAAAGAAAGAAAAUUUAAAUGAUAAAAUUAAAAAAGAUCCAAAAUAUGAAUUAACUUUUAUUGCAAAAGGAGGGGGAAGUGCGAACAAAACUUUUCUAUUCCAACAAACAAAAAGCAUAUUAAAUAAAGAUAAAUUAUAUGAUUUUUUAUUAGAUAAAAUAAAAGAAAUUGGAACAUCUGCAUGUCCACCAUAUCAUUUAGCUAUAGUUAUAGGUGGGUUAUCACCAGAAAUGAAUUUAAAAACAGUUAAAUUAGCAUCUUGUAGAUAUUUAGAUGAUUUGCCAAAAGAAGGAGGUAUAUAUGGUAAAGCUUUUAGAGAUUUGGAAAGUGAAAAAAUAAUUUUAGAUAAAUCACAAAAUUUAGGAAUCGGUGCACAAUUUGGAGGAAAGUAUUUUGUACAUGAUGUUCGAGUUAUAAGGCUUCCACGGCAUUCUGCAUCAUGUCCAAUUGGAAUAGGCGUAUCAUGUUCUGCUGAUAGGCAAAUCAAAUCUGUUAUAAAUAAAAAUGGGGUAUUCAUUGAAGAUUUAGAGCAUGACCCAAUAAAGUACCUCCCCGAAGUGACAUACGAUAAUUUGAAAAGUGGGAAAUUUCGAAAAACCGAAAAAAGUGAAAAAAGCGAAAAUUUCGAAAGUGGUGAAAAAAAAUGCGAACAGAAUAACGGCGUAGCAAUCGACUUAAACCAGCCCAUAGAAAAUAUAUUAAAAAUAAUUUCGAACUAUCCUGUUUCAACAUUAUUAAUUUUAACAGGGAAGUUAAUAGUAGCUAGAGAUACUGCACAUAAAAAAAUUGUUGAUAAUUUUAUUAACAAAAAUAUACCAAUACCAGACUAUUUUAAAAAACAUCCUAUAUAUUAUGCAGGCCCAGCAAAAACUCCAUACAAUUAUGCAAGUGGUUCUUUUGGACCUACAACUGCUGGAAGAAUGGAUGCAUAUGCAGAAAUUCUUAUGAAAAAUAAUGCAUCUCUAAUUUCUUUAGCAAAAGGUAAUAGAUCUAUAGUUGUUAAAAAUGCAUGCAAAAAAUAUAACGGUUUUUAUUUGGGAAGUAUUGGUGGGCCAGGUGCAAUAUUAGCUAAAAAUAAUAUACGUAAUGUUAAGGUUAUAGAUUUUCAUGAGCUUGGUAUGGAAGCAGUACAUCUAAUUGAGGUUGUUGAUUUUCCAGCUUUUAUUAUCAUUGAUAAUAAAGGAAACGAUUUUUAUAAUAAGUGGAUACCUUCUUAG